AUGACCGGACAGAAGAUUUGGUUGCGCGCUGAGACCAAGCCCGCUGAGGCGCGGUCUGCUUGUAAGAGCUUCCACGCCAUACAUCCAGUGACUCCUACUACUUGCAAGGCAUUGAUCGAUGCUGGAUACGAUGUGACUGUUGAGCGGUCCACCCAGCGCAUUUUCGAGGAUGAGGAAUUCGCCAAGAUCGGAGCCCCUCUUGUCGCCGAGGGUUCCUGGGUCAAGGACGCACCCAAGGAUGCCGUUAUCCUCGGUCUCAAGGAGCUUCCUGAGGAUGACUUCCCUCUGGAGCACGUUCACGUCACUUUCGCCCACUGCUUCAAGCAGCAGGGUGGCUGGGAGAGCGUUCUGAGCCGCUGGCCCCGUGGAAAGGGCACAUUGCUCGACCUUGAAUUCCUGACUGAUGACUCAGGUCGUCGUGUCGCCGGAUCUGCUCUCGCCGUUAAGAACUGGGCUUGGCAAUUGACACACCCCAACGAGACCCUCCCCGGCGAGGUUCCCUACCCUAAUAAGGGUGCCUUGAUUGAAUCCGUCAAGGAGUCUCUCGCUGCUGGUAUCAAGGUUGCCGGCAAGGCCCCUAAGAUUCUUGUUAUUGGAGCUCUUGGACGCUGCGGCAGCGGUGCCGUGGAACUGGCCAAGGAUGUUGGCAUUCCCGCGUCUAACAUUGUCGAGUGGGAUAUGGCAGAGACCAAGAAGGGCGGCCCCUUCGAGGAGAUCGCCGAGGCCGACAUCUUCGUCAACUGCAUCUACCUGUCCAGCAAGAUUAACCGUGAGUUAUCUCCCGCAAAGCCAUACGUCCGCUCUUGGACGCAUCCACCGUUCACAAGUUACAGCUCCAACCCCUUCAACCCCAUUCCCCUGUAUGAUAUCACCACCACAUUCGACAAGCCCACCGUCCCCGUCACUGGCCUGAAGGACGGCCCCGCCCUGAGCGUGAUCAGUAUUGAUCACCUCCCCUCCUUGCUCCCCCGCGAGAGCUCGGAAAUGUUCAGCGAGGCUCUCCUGCCUAGUCUCCUUACUCUGAACGACCGCUCCAACGCUCGCGUCUGGAAGCAGGCUGAGCAGCUCUUCGAUGAGAAGGUCGCUACUCUGCCCAAGUCGUCCCUGGCAUAA